AAAAACAAUCGAAUUUAUUGUCACAUUAGUUUCGACUAAUUUUGUUGUGGAUAUUUCCGAGCAAAGUAAACUUUUUUCCAUAGGCAAGAGCAAAAAAUAUAGGGGAGUCCCGCCCUGAAUAAGUUAAGUUUGUUUUUACUGGAAAACCAUCAAAAUGUCUGUGCGUCAUGACUGGUACCAAUCAGAGACAAAGGUAGUCAUCACCGUGCUCCUGAAGAACGCCGCCGAUAAGAACUAUGCUGUGGAGAUUUCCCAGAACCGUGUCCAUAUGACGGCGGAUGGCUAUGAGUUGGACCUAAAUCUUCUUCACCCCAUCGUUGUGGAGCGGUCUUCCCACAAGGCCUUUCCCUCUAAAGUUGAGAUCACUCUGGCCAAGGAGACGGGAGUUCGCUGGGAAAACCUGGAGGAGAAGGCCGUCGUAGCUGUUCCUGUUAAACCAAAGGCGAAGAACUGGGAUCGACUGGUCAGCGAGGAGGAGAAGAUCGACGAGAAGGAAGCCAAGGGCGAGACGGCCCUCAACAACCUGUUUAAGAAGAUCUACAGCACAUCAUCACCCGAGGUCCAAAAGGCCAUGAAUAAGUCUUUCUCGGAAUCUGGAGGCACCGUUCUCAGCACCAACUGGAGCGAAGUUGGCAAGGAGAAGGUUAACGUCAAGCCGCCAGAUGGAACAGAGUUCCGCGAGUGGGAGAAGUAGGCCGGUAUACUCCGCACACCCCCGUAUUUAUAAAGUUAUGGAGAGAUUUGAAAAAGAAAAACCUAAGAUAUAUUUUUAUCUAUUGAUUGAUCGUCAACAAAGAACAAAAUGUUAAGAACACAAACUAACAACAAUUGUUUGAAUAAAUUUGAUUUAAGCAUGGCAA